GUGCCUGUUGGCAGGGCUACACUUGGUCGUAUUAUAAAUGUCAUUGGAGAGCCCAUUGAUGAAAGGGGUGAUCUAAAAACGGAACAUUAUCUCCCAAUUCACCGUGAAGCUCCGGCUUUUGUUGAGCAAGCAACAGAGCAACAGAUCCUUGUGACUGGAAUCAAGGUGGUAGAUCUUCUUGCUCCGUAUCAAAGAGGUGGAAAGAUUGGGCUUUUUGGUGGUGCAGGUGUUGGGAAGACGGUGCUUAUUAUGGAGCUUAUUAACAACGUCGCGAAGGCCCAUGGUGGUUUCUCAGUGUUUGCUGGUGUUGGUGAACGUACUCGGGAGGGUAAUGAUUUGUACAGAGAAAUGAUUGAGAGUGGUGUUAUUAAGCUUGGUGAUAAGCAGGGUGAAAGCAAAUGUGCUUUGGUAUAUGGUCAAAUGAAUGAACCUCCUGGUGCUCGUGCUCGUGUUGGGCUCACUGGGCUGACAGUUGCCGAACACUUCCGCGAUGCUGAAGGGCAAGAUGUGCUCCUUUUCAUUGAUAAUAUUUUUCGCUUCACUCAAGCCAACUCUGAGGUGUCCGCCCUCCUUGGUCGUAUUCCCUCUGCAGUCGGUUACCAGCCAACUUUAGCGACAGAUCUUGGAGGGCUUCAAGAGAGGAUUACUACAACCAAGAAGGGGUCAAUCACAUCAGUUCAAGCUAUCUAUGUGCCUGCUGAUGACUUGACUGAUCCAGCACCUGCUACCACCUUUGCUCACCUCGAUGCUACAACUGUGUUGUCUCGGCAGAUUUCUGAGCUUGGUAUUUAUCCUGCUGUGGAUCCUUUAGAUUCCACAUCCCGUAUGCUUUCUCCUCUUAUUCUAGGUGAAGAUCACUACAACACUGCACGAGGUGUACAAAAGGUUCUCCAGAACUACAAGAAUCUCCAGGAUAUUAUUGCCAUUCUGGGAAUGGAUGAACUGAGUGAAGAUGACAAAUUAACUGUUGCUCGUGCCCGUAAGAUUCAGAGGUUCUUGAGUCAGCCUUUCCACGUUGCAGAAGUAUUUACUGGUGCCCCCGGAAAGUAUGUGGAGUUGAAAGAGAGCAUCCAAAGUUUUCAGGUUAUAGGGACUUUCUUGAGUUUCGCGUCAAGGGGUGACAGAGUUGGUCUAAACCAGAUGUUGAGGCAAGGCAUUUCACCAAAUGUGCAGGACUAUGAUAAAAGAACUGCUCUACAUCUUGCUGCCAGUGAAGGACAUGCCUCUAUUGUUGAGCUUCUUUUGGCUUAUAAGGCUGACGUUAAUCUCAAAGAUAGGUGGCGCCGGACUCCCUUAACAGAUGCAAAAUUGUACGGGCACCGUGACAUAUGCAGGAUCCUUGAGGUCUGUGGUGGCAAGGAUUCCAACAAUGAUCAUCCUUUGACUGUUCGGCAUGAAGAGGAUUCAAUUGAAGAGAAUAUUGAUAUAUCCGAACUGAACUUGCAGCACUCGUCAAUGAUUGAGCAGGGCUUAUUUGGGGAGUCUGAGAAGGUCAAAUGGCGUGGAACAUGGGUGGUCAAAACAGUAAUCAAAAGGGUGUUUUCAGCUAAGGUUAAUACUUUAUUGAGGGAACUCCGACAUCCAAAUAUUUUACAGUUUCUUGGAUCAAUUGUUCAUGGUGACGAAAUGAUCUUGAUCACAGAGUAUUUGCCAAAAGGAAACUUGCAAGAUAUUUUGGGAAAGCGUCUUGACCCCACAACUGCACUACGCUAUGCGCUUGACAUAGCUAGGGGAAUGAAUUACCUCCAUCGUCACAAGCCCUUGCCUAUUGUUCACAAUAACUUGCAUCUGAAGAACUUGUUACUAGAUGAAGGUGGCCACAUAAAGAUUGGUGAAUAUUGGGUUCAAGUAUUGGAUAAUCAGAUAUAUGCAAAUCAAGACGGUUGUCAAUUAAACAGCGGAUGUAACUUAAUCAACCAUUUAUGUCAUGACAUUAGCAAAGAUAUUCAUUCAUUUGGCCUCAUCUUUUACCAGAUGCUGGAAGGAAGGCAAAUAACCGACAGGAGUUCUGAGCCCACAUCUAUCAAGUCUGUAGAUUUGGAGAAAAAGCUGUAUACAGGUCGAUACCCAAGUAGAAUUCUUCAGUUAAUAGAGGACUGCACAUGUACAGUUCCUUCGACAAGGCCAUCAUUUGCUACUGUCAUAGAAAUCCUAGAAGAAGUCUCUUUAUUAUCAAGGAAAAGAGGUUGCCCCCCGUGUAAUAAAAGCAGAAGCCCCAAGUAAAUGAAUUUGCUAGUGAUACAUAUGCUUUGAUACACCAUUAUUUUGAAAAAGUCAGUGAAGAAAACUUCUCAUCCAUGCUUCUGGUUCAUGAAUCUUAAAUGAGAUUAAUAAUUCCCUAGUUGACUUUGUGUUACUAUAA